AUGCAUUCACCGCCUAGUCCUAUUGUACAGGCUUUCGCGCAAUUAGUCAAAGGAUACGAAAGAGAGAUGCAUAAGAAUGCUAUAUCGGCACGCGAGAUUGAGAAACUACGCUCCCAGGUCAACCAAACGAAACAAAAGCAGGCAAAACCUAGCAAAUGGAUGGAUAGUGAAGUAGGAAUGACAGGCGAGGACAAUGUACAGCGAAUGUUGGAUGAUCAAUUAGUCGUUGAAGUGGAAAACACUGCCGAAGCAGGUCCUUCGUCGGCAGCGGAACCAACCAAGCAGCCGGUCAUAAUGGCGCGACCUAACGUCGACGAAAGAUUGGACGACCACGGAUCAAAGACGACCAACAACGCGAUGAGCAACGCGCUGAGGCGUCGUUUACAGCUCCGAAAUGCUCAGCAAGCCUAUCGGCAGCGGCGACAAGACACCAUCGUUAUUCUGCAAAAUCGUCUGGCGGAUCUAGAAAACGACAUGGAGAGUAUAUCUCUCUUUUUCUCUCUUCUCCGACUGCUGUUCGACUCGAACAUACCAGAUAAUUUCCCUCUCGUAACUAAGAACCUAUACGACACUAUUCAGCAAUGCGUCUCACUCGCGAAGCUCGGGGGCGACAGUCUAGGCACCAAGGAAACAGAUGCUGAGAUACUCGAACAUAUGAAACAUCUUACGUCGGCAAAUACGAGUUCCCCCGCUGAGAUCGGACCAGGUUCCAACUUGUCCACGAGUACUUUCAAGACUACGCUCGCCGAAGCUCCCAAACCCCCUGUUCUACGCGAGCCGCAGUCCACAAAAGCCCUUAGCUCCGACUUCAGACCUCCAACGACGUCGACGUGUAUUGAUUUUGAUUCGAUGGACCCUACCCCAACGUCUGGUUUGGCGUGUUCCCAAAAUGCAAUUCGCUUGCUGGUCGAGAUGCCUCCGCGCAAUCAAAAGAUUCUGGAAGUGAUUGGGGCUCCAUCAACACCGAACAACCGAAACCAGAUUAUAUCAUUCUUUCGUGAGGUCCUUCAAGAUGAAACAAGAGUAAUCGUUGAGGCCCGAAUCAAUGUUCUCCACCAAAUCCGGGCCUCAACGGUUGCUGAAUUAGAGAGGUCUGGGCUUGACUUGCACUCUGAGAUAGCCCACCCCCAGCUGUUGGAUGCGCAGGACGUCCGGGAGUACCUUGAGACUAAUGGUAUCAGUGUUCAGCACCUUUCGCAUGCCGAUCCCAUGUCUGCUAACGACGAGUUUCCGUCUUUGUUCAAAUACCCUAAUGUGCAGAAUUUCAAUGAGACAGCUUUUAUCAGAUAUCUUUCAUUUUGUGAUAUUUGCAUUGGUACAGGUCCUGCAUUUCCGAAAAAAGAAGUUGAGUAUGCGCUGCGGUUCGCAAACUCGAUGUGA